AUGAAGUUCACAGCCAUCCUCUCCAUCACUUCCCUCCUCGGCCUCAGCCAAUCCGCCGCCAUCCACAUGAGCCGCAACCCCUCCUCGUCUCUCUCAACCCGCCAAGACCCAGCAUGGUCUUUCAGCGUCUAUCAAAGCAGCGAGAGAUGCACCGGUGCCCGUGACACCUACAGCGGCGACGGAACCCAAAAAUGUACUCAAGGAAUCCGCAAUGGUUCCUUUGGUUCUUACACGACUGGCGAGAUUAACGACAAGUGCGCGGUAUAUAUCUACAACAAUGAUAACUGUGAUGACGGGGGUAUCAUUGAUAUCUUGACGAGUGCGGAUCCGGAUGGUUGUUUGCAGCCUCAGCUUGAAGUCACUGGCGUGGCGAGCUUCAGAGCGCAGUGCGGUUAA